AUGCGCGCCAUCCUCCCCGGCCGUCCCAACGCAGAGCUCGCUGCUGUGACCACCGGGCUCUGGGAGGGAAGGCAGCUUAUCGCGUACAUCUCCGGCAAUGCCCUCAUAAUCCUCGGCGGCCCGCGACACAUUAUACAAACCAUCUACACCGAAGAUGAGGGCAACCUGGUGUCUGUGGUUUUGGACGAGCCGUCCGGCAAGAUAGCAACCGCCUCGCCCAAGGCCGUCUACGUCUACAAGCCCCACGGCCUGGACAUUGGCCAGCCCAACUGGACCCUACAACACACCUUGACCCUAGCCGACCCGCAGGAUGAUAUCAGGACGCUCUCCUGGGGCCUCGCCGAGGAGCUGCUUGUGGGCAGCUCAUCCCUGACGCUAUUCUCCACGCACAACCACGAGUCCGAACGUCUCUUCACCGCGCCGCUCGCGUCCCCGCCCAAAUUCGCACACUUCUCCUACGACGCCACCUUCAUUGCCACGACGUCGACCUACGACCGGCUCGUCAAGAUAUGGCACCGCCUGAGCUUCGGCAGCGUCGAGGAGCGCUUCGACGUGGCCUACCUGCCGCACCCGGCCACAGUCACAGGCCUGCACUGGCGGCGGCCGCGGCACCGCGAGCAGCUGAUCGAGAACGUGCUGUACACGGUGUGCGCCGACAACAAGGUGCGCGUGUGGGUGGGCGGCGAGCACCGCGGGCCCGAGAUCUUCCAGCUGUGGGCCGAGGUCGACCUCAUGGAGUCGAUCAAGCCGCGCGCCCUCGACCCGGGCGCCCGCUCCCAACGCCGCUACGCCUUCUUCAUCGACAGCGCCGACUUCGCCGUCGCCACCGAGCGCGCCGUCCAGCAGGCCUCGGACGCCAACGGCAGCCAGGAGGAGCGCCACGCCCUGCAGCACCUGAUCGACGUCGCCAACCGCUCCCCCGAGGUGUGCGUCGUGCUGGAUGACAAGGGCAACAUGUCGGCCUGGGGCUUGGAGAGCGUGGAUUCGAAGGUCAAGAAGACGAGCAACAUCUUCAACAUUGCACACGUCGAGGGGCUCAGGCUGCAUUUUGCAAAAGACCCCCUGCCAAUCGAGGACAAUGUGCAGUUCUUCAGUUUCUGCGGAGACGCCCAUGGUAGCUCGUUCACCUUGCUCAUGCACCACUUUGAUGGAAGGAUAGAGUGGAUGGAGGGCAAGAUUGAUCUGCUGUUCGAUCCGUCACCCUUGAAGUUGACGAGAUUGGAGCGAGAGACCAUUUUGACCGGACACACGGCACCCAUCAAGAAGGCAGUACGUACGGCGAGCGGACGGGCGCUAAUUUCUCGAACCGACAAGAACGCAGGCGUUGUGUGGAGGCAAGAGAAUUCGAAGCAUUCCGGCCCUGUGCUUGCUCGGCACAGCACCGUGCAGGUGCACGAGCAUAUUCAUCGCACGGCUUUGCUUGCUGAGGGCGACUUUGUUGUGUUCCUGCACCACGAAAGUAUAUCACUAUGGGACGCCCGCACGCCAACGGCAAAAGAGGUCGCUCGCUGCAAAUACCAAUUGCAGGGCAAGCCCCUCUGCCUGCUCAUCAUUCCGGAAGUAGAAACCGACUCGGGCUGCGUCCAUCUUGCCACUAUCUCGUCCGAGAUGAAGGGAGUUGGCUGGCAGGUAAGGAUACCGCCCAGAUUGACACACGUCAAUUUCCGUCCACACCGCCGGACACCGUCCAUCAACAUCGCGGGCAAAAUCUCCAUCGAAGAAAUCUGCCGCUUUGAUCUGGGUGACGACGGCGACCUGGCUUAUGUCAUCCCCGUCGAUCCUGCUGGAACGCCGCCUGUGAUCUCAGGUUUCUUGGAUACCUUUGCCCGUGAUAUUGCAAUCUCGUACACAACCUCCGGUGUUAUCAAGUCGUGGACUGCAAGAGUGAGCGAAGAUCGGAAGAAGAUCGAAUGGUUGCUCACUUCGACGGUGGAUACUGGCGUCGAAAAUCCGACACUCGGCAGUGGAACGUCAAUCCGUAAGGCGGCUUUGGUUGAUUCUCAGAAGACUGGUCUCACCAUCUGGAGCACAAGAAGCGCUCAACUGGAACAUGAGGAGCGUUUUGAGCCCCAUGAUAUCAUCCAGGACAUCGAUUGGUCGUCUUCUCCGGACAAUCAGUCCAUCCUUGCCGUUGGCUUUCCCCACAGGGUUGUCAUCUAUGCACAGCUGCGCUACAAUUACCUCGACCAUGGGCCAUCUUGGGCGGCGAUUCGCGAAGUCCGUAUCCGAGAGUUCACGCCGCAUCCGAUUGGUGAUUCGGUCUGGCUGGGCAGCGGUAACUUGGUCAUCGGCGCUGGAAACCAACUUUUCGUCCAAGACGAGCAUGUUGAGGUUGAUGAUGGUGUCCUUCCAGAUCUGCGCCUCGUUGAGCACAGGGAAGCACACCGCAAGAAGGAGGUGGACUUGUUCACCCUCGUGAGCAGACUCAACGGUCCGCUGCCCGUGUACCACCCGCAGAUGCUUGCUCAGUGCGUGCUUCUGGGGAAGCUGCCGCAGGUCCAGCGGAUCCUUAUCAACCUCUACAAGAAGCUCAAGUUCUACACCGAGGGCGAUGCUUUCGAUACUCUACUCGGACUGUCGCCCGAGAGCUUCUUCGAGGAUCAUGAGGCAAGUACUAAGAUAUUGAAACGCCAGAUCAUAUUGCUAACGAAGUUACAGGCUACCAUGAACGGUUCAGCUCGAAAGGAGCUGCAGUCUUCAUACGCCGAUUUCACGGAUGAGGAUGACGAGCCCGCCAGUCUCUCCAAUCGCGAGCAAUUUCACCUCGCAGACAUUGUCGAGUGUGUCGGUACUGUCGAGAAACACCGGAGAAGUGUUGAUGACAAUGCCUGUCGUUUCCUGCUCUUCUUCAGACAACAUUACCUUCGCGACAGGGAUGGCAUGCGGAGUGAGGAGAAGUCUCACAUAUCGUGGCGCGAGAUCACUUGGGCAUAUCACAGCGGUAGUCAAGACAUUCUGUUGGAUCUGGUGAGCAGGCAUUUCCAGGGACGGAUGACGUGGAAACAAGCAAAAGAGGCCGGUAUCUUCAUGUGGAUGACCGACAGCAAUGCAGUGCGCGCUCAAUUCGAGGUUAUCGCCCGGAACGAAUACACCAAGACCGAGGAGAAGAACCCAGUCGACUGCAGUCUGUAUUACCUCGCUCUCCGCAAGAAAGCGGUGCUUGUCGGUCUCUGGCGCAUGGCCACAUGGAGCCGCGAACAGCCUGCCACGUACCGCCUGCUCCAGAACAACUUCAACGAUCCUCGUUGGAAAACGGCUGCCCUCAAGAACGCGUACGCACUGAUGGGCAAACGCCGUUUCGAAUACGCAGCCUCCUUCUUCCUCCUGGCCGACCACCUCCAAGACGCCGUCGCAGUACUGUCAAACCAAAUGAACGACAUGCAGCUCGCCAUCGCUGUCGCCCGCGUCUACGAAGGCGGCGACGACGGCCCCGUACUACGCAAGUUCAUCACCGAACGGGUCCUGCCGCGCGCCGUCAUGGAAGGCAACCGGUGGAUGGCGACGUGGGCCUUCUGGACGCUCGGCAAGCGCGACGUCGCGGUGCGGGCGCUCGUCACGCCGCUGUCGACGCUGCUCUCGCCGCCCGACUCGCCUAGCCUGCAGUCGCGCCUGUUUCUCACGGACGACCCGGCGCUCGUCGUGCUGUACCGCCAGCUGCGCGACCGCUCGCUGCAGACGCUACGCGGCGCCCUCGCCGUCGACCCGCGCGCCGAGUGGGAGUUCAUCGUGCACACGGCCCGCCUGUACGAGCGCAUGGGCUGCGACGUGCUCGCGCUGGAUCUGGUCCGCAGUUGGGAGUUCCUGCAAACCCCGCAGCAACCGAUCGCGCCCCUGCCGACGAAGCUGCCCCUGCACUCGUCACAGAAUUCUGCUGUUUCGGCUGCGCCGACUAGUCCCGUCGCGACGUACGACAUUGAUCCUCGCAAGCUGCUGCGCAGGCGGAGCAGUUUGGUCGUGCAGGAUUUGCCGCACAGGCCGCUCGCGGUACGGUCGGCGUUGGAUGGGUUCGCUGAUGGGGAGGAUGGGGAGGUUGUGGUGGAUGGGGAGGAGAAGAGGAAUGGGGUUAAUGGGAGCGGGGCCAAGGAGAAUAGCAGGUUUGGUGUCGAUGGUGCCGGAGAGGUGGAACAGCAGAAGAAAAAGCCACCCCCGACCCAGUUUCACGAGCCGGAUGCUAAUAGCUUGUUGGACUCGUUUGGGUUUUGA